AUGGAGUCCAAACUGAACUACGUCUUUCAGUUUGCUUUGAAUAAGUCCUACAUACAUAUUCUUAUCGCUGGAGAAUUUAACGUGCACGACAUAGAAACGCCGGCAACCGACGGUAUGCAGUUUAAAGCCUGCUUGCAAGAGCCAAUAGCUAGCCACCCUCUGUACAACCACGUAACCUCUCCCACCAGAUUUCGAACUGCUAACAAGCCGUCGAUACUGGAUCUUGUGCUAACUAACGAAGAACUCAUGGUUGACGGGAUAGUUACAAGCAAACCAUUGGGUCGUAGCGAUCAUGUUACUCUACUCUUUGAAUAUAAAUGCUCUGCGGAGUACCCUGAAAAGGAGGAGGAUAAAGUGCAUACUGUCACACACUACAUUGUGGUGUCCAAGCUUGUUAAGGAUACAUCUUGGACUUUCUUAACCGAAUGCUCCCCAGAUGUUGCCUGGGAAACAUUUACAAGGACGUUUAGCACACUGGUAGCGCACGCAUCGGAACAGAAAUCCUUCCAACCCCAAAACAAGCAUAAGUCAUUUCUGAGGAGCAGAACGCGUAAAUGUAUGUCCCGGAGGAAGUUGGCGCAGCGGGAUCACCAGGACUGCUUGAAUGCCGAAACCUGGACUGCAUACGUGACACAUCGUAACUUCUGUGUUAAACUGAUCCGCGAAGACAAGGUCACUCAUCAGCAGAAGUUAAUGAAGCGAUUCUGCACUAACCGCAAACUCCUGUACAGGCACGUUAACGGCCUUCGAAAGGUAAAGCGGGGGGUUUCAGCGCUAGUCGCGGCUGAUGAGUGCACGCGAACAGCAAUGGAAGCAGCUGAUCUCUUACGGCUUCAUUACUCCCAAACUUUCCAGCAGGUAACGAGCACAAACAUUCUCCUCAUUUCUAAUAAUUCACUAUCUGGUUUAGAAAACAUCACCUUCACUGCAGAAGCUGUGUUGAAGAAGUUGUUAUCCUUACGUAUCCACAGUUCUCCCGGAGCCGACAACAUCCGACCAAAGGCUCUACAGGCGGUAGCUAGUGAUCUAGCAGAACCACUGGCUGUUUUCCAUCAGCGAUGUCCAGAGGAGAACCGUUUUCCACCAGUAUGGAAGCGAGGGGUCACCACUCCUAUCCAUAAAGGAGAUCGCCGCAUUGAUCCUGUCAACUACCGUCCAAUAACACUACUUCCCGUACUAUCCAGUGAUGGAAUUAAUCAUCGCAGAUGCGCUGAUGCAGUAGAUGGAAUGCCACAACUUAGUAGCUCCAGAGAAACAUGGCUUUCGUCAAAACCAUUCGUGUAA